CUGCAACACCAUCAUUUAUCCCUGCCCCACACUCUUUUGUCGUCAUGACAACUUUAGCAGAUGAGUUGGAUUUAGAUCCAGCUUUCAAUGAUUUGAGUAUGUCACAAGGACAACGUGGGGUAGGUAUGCCAAUGUCAAUGGAUAUGGAAGAAGAAGAAGAAGAUGGAUAUGAUGACAGGGCUUCAUCUUCUGUAGAAAGUUCACCAGCACGUACGAGAAGGAGAGCACCUUUUGCAAGAAGAGGGAGAGCGGCAGCAAUGGGAGGAAAUGUAUCAAGUGAUGAAGAGGAUAAUCGAGCAUCAUUGAAUAAUGAUGCUGGCUUUAGUCUAGCAGAUGAGCUAGGUGGCCAUAGACAGCGAACAAAUGGCGUUUCACUCGCCGAUGAAGUGAACGAUUCAAAUUCAAAUGAUGAAGAUCCGCGUCAUCCAACAUCAACUGAUUCAAUAGACGAUGAAGCAAGGGCAAGAAAAGAUCAAGAACAUUAUCUGGUGUCCUCAGAAAUUCUAGGAGACUCGAUUCGACAAACAGAUGCCUUUUUGCAUAAAUUAAGAAAGGUCGCAGAUACAGGCACCACAACAGCAAAUACCACAUUACCAUCAUCUACAUCUUCCAACUCGAUCACAUCUGGCGUAGCAGGGAUAGAUGACACUGCAUCAAUCGAAAAGACAGCUGCUGGAAUUGUACGUCAAUUGCGUGAUCACACACAGCUACGUGAAGGACAAGUUCGUGAAUUGCAAGAAUACGAUCGUAUCUUACGCAGAGCAUUCGAGGAAGGAGGUGAAUAUUUGAUCGCUUUGGCCGAGUCGGAGGAGAUAAGCGAAAAUCCUGGAGCAGAAGUUACAAUCUUACCGGAAGAAAGGGAUCCUCUCGGAGUUACGGCAGCAGCAGCAGCGAGUAUCAAUAGAAGAAAUCACCCUCGCGAUGAUAGUAUAAUGAGUGAUGAUGGAGAUGAUAGUGCUUUAACUGCAGUAUCGCCAUCGCAAACAUUUGCUGAUUUGAGCUUGGCAGACGAUACCGCUAAAGGAAGAGUACCUACAACGUUCCAGAAUCUGAUCGGUUUACAGCAAAGUACCAGUGACUUGAUCGUCUCUUUGGGCGCUAUACAUGAACACAGCCAGAUAGCACAUGCUUCUAUGGGCGAUGCGCAAAGAAGGAUCCGAAAUAUCCGUACUGUGCUGACGAAUUGGCAACAAGAAAUCAGAUCUAUCGAGCAAAGUCAAUCAUGGAUCGCAUCUUGGGAAUCCGGUAAUCUAUCCAAUGAUGCCGCUCAUAAAAGGCCUGACGAUAUACGUGAAUGGACUCAAGGACAUCUAGACAAAUUCCAACGAACAUUGGAUGAAGCACAUAAUCGGGCACAAGAAUUAUUAAAGCCAGUCAAAGAUCCAGUCUUGGACAGAUUGGCAGCGACGAAAGCAUGAAAUGACACAAAACUUAUUUUCACGAAUCUCUUAUUCAAUAAAUGAUACCCCAUGACACAUAUAUAUAUAUACUCACUAACAUGUUUUACAGAUUCAAUCAUAUCAUCAGCAGACUAUUGAACAGCAUUUGGGUAUGUGUAUGGGAUGACUAGAUCUACAUAUAAACAAUGAGGAUGACGAAACUUCUAUAAUUUAUCGGCUCUUGCC